UUGUAAUUUUUAAUCAAUAAUAAUAAUUAAAUAGCUUUUGGUUUAUGACCAAGUAUAACGAUGAAUUCUAAUGCAAUCGUUAAAGUCCUAACAGAUCUAGUAGAAACUAAAGCUGAAGAUCUGAGUAUUGCGCGCCUGCAAUCCAUCCUGCAACCCGCUAAUGAAGAGCUGACUGUUCUGGGGUGCGACGAAGGCGAUCCCCUGUGGAAGUUAUCCGUGCAGUUUCUUCACAUUCAACACCGCUUCCUGACUAGCUGUUUAAUUCAGACACGCACUUCUAAUAACGGUGACGCAAUAGAGGAGGAGUUGAUUAAUCUUCCGGAACAGCAACUGUUCCUAAAGGCAGUGGAUCGAAUACGGCAGUUCACCGUCAACUUGUACCUUCCCAAGGAGUUGCGGGGGUUGACAAAAUGCGAUUUGAAGAUGAUGGUUCAACUUGAAGCUGACGAACACCGGGAAAGAUUGAAGUACUGCCUAGAGGCGUAUCGAAAGUUAUUCGAGUAUAAGGUUGUUGCUGUGCAAACGAAACUAGAACAUUGCAUUUUAGAAUAUAUUGCAGGAGUGUUCAGCUAUCAUUUCCUACUGGGAGAUUUCGGAUGUUUGAGAGAUAAUUUGCUAUACAAAGGCAUAGAAUUAUUUCCAACGGAGCAAGUUUUCAAAAGUUUAUUAGUUAUCAAAGGCGUUCCGAACCUACCGUUAGAAUUGGCAAAACAAAUCCAUUUGGAGCUGCUCAGAUUAACUGGAGAAUCAGGAGGAUUUCCUGUGCUAUGCAAAACACUGCUGGCGAAUGUCCCUUCGGACGAGACACCCACGUGGAAAAAAAGCGAAAUCAUUGCAAAGAUCUUGGCCAGUAAAGGUCACACUAAGAAAUUUUACCGACAGGUUCUUCACGAUAUAUUCCAGUUCUACGAAGCGUCGUUGUUUAGCAGCGAGCAGGAUAAUCUAUCCUUUGUGGGUACUUGUAUUGAGUGCCUGAGACAAAUGUACCUGCUUCCGUCUGCGUACCAGGAACUUCGAAUUACUAUAGAUGAAUAUUUUGUGGGGAGGUUUGAUCAACUGGCAGAACCGAAGGAAUUUUUGAGCGGAACAAUUCUGUUGGAACGUUCCCAGUUGAUGGCAGGGCUGUAUAUAAAUUAUAUGGCUUUCAGUGGAUCUUCAUGCACUUCUUUGAGCUCAUCGAUUCUGGUACGUUAUCUUAACGUUUUCCUUAAAUUAUAUUCUAUGCUGUCAGCAACGGCGGCAGAAGAAAGAAAAUAUCUACAAACGCUGAUCUUGUUUUGCCUAUCGAAUCGUGAGAAACCUGAACUUGAAUCAGUAUUGGAAGAGUUACUGCUUGGAAAUGAGAAUCCUGCUUACGUGACUAAAGAAUUUCAUCCAAGAAUCUACCUUAAAGCUGUAAAGGGAGCCGAAACUUAUUCGCUACAAAUUGGUCCAUCCAAAGAGGAAGAUGAAGAAAGUUUAGCGCCAACGUUGAUUGAAAUCCUCAAAGUGUCCAACAGAAAUAUUCUAAUAUAUGACGUAUUCAUAGUGCUUCUGAAGUUUUUUGAACGAAUAAGUGUGGGAACCAACGAGAAUUUGCUUCUAGAAGCAGCAGAACAGGAUGCUUCCAAGUGUAAAACAUUUUAUCAAAAGUACGUUAUCAUUCAAGCGCUAGUGGAACUAAUCAGUCACAAGCACUUCCAUAGUCAGCUGUAUGAAAAUCCCUCCGAUAUACUUGCGUUUAUUAAAUCGCUUCUGGUUAGGAGCAUCGAAGGAACAGAUGUUAAUGAGAGCUUACUAGAGGUGAUCCUCUCGAUAUUUCAAGAAUAUCUACAACGAUUGCAAACUCGAGAGGAUGUUCAGGAAAUUCUCAAGCUUCUAAAGCAGUUCAAAUCGUCUAGCUACUGCAGCGAUCAACUAAGAUCUCAAAUUGAACAAAUUUGUGAAGGAAGCAAGCCUAAGAAGGACUUUGAAUUGACCCCUUAUCAGAAUGCAGUUAGUUUGUGUUCCGAUAAGGAACCCUAUUGCAAAGUAUACGGUACAAUGCUGAUGAUCGGUUUGUUGAGGGAACGUGACCCGGAAACGCUUACUCAGAAGCAUGCGGUUCUCAUUUUGGCAUUAACAAACUUGAGAAAUGUGGAAAGUUAUGCAUUUUUGAACUCGGUUCGCUUGCUGGUAGCCUUGUGUGACGUUCUGGAAGCCGACACUAUUGAUGCUCUGAUCAGAGAGUAUCAAUGCGGCGAUAACAACGUGGACUUCCGAUUGAAAAUCGGCGAAGCAACUAUGAAGACGGUGGAAGCCAUCGGACCAAUUGCCUUCAAAUAUCGGGAACAGCUCAUCAAUUGUUUUCUUCGCGAGUGUAAGAAUCCGAUCGAUGAGUUCCGGUCAUCUAGUUUGGCGAACUUGGGUAACGUGUGCAAGAUUUUAUCCUAUCAGGUGCAUAAUUUCUUCUAUGAGAUGUUCCUGGUCAUCAAGUCCGCCAUCGAGACGGACUCCUAUCUCCCGGUUCGUCGAGCGGCCAUUCUUGUGCUUUCACGGCUCAUUGAGGGCAUCGAUAACCUGCUCGACUUCCAGGAUUAUCUGUUGGGGAUCUACCGCUUUCUCAAGUUCAUCAACGAAACCGAACAGGACGAUGUCACUCGAUUGCAAGCCGCCGUCGCUUUAGAUCAUCUUAAAGCCAAGACGAAAGACUUUCUCACCGCUGCCAACACAGCCCUCGCUGCAGGUCGUCUUGAAAAGGAGAUUCGGAUAUUUGGUAUUAAGGAACAGGAAGCAGAUGAACGUCGACGAAACAUACGGGGCAGUGAUAGCAUACUUACUAAGAUGUUAGACUAAAAAUGUUUAUUA